AUGGAUACACCUUAUGUUGAUAAUAAGAUGACUGAGGUUAAGGUGAAAGUGCAUGAUGUUGUGGUGAAUGAGACUGCAGAUGAGGUGAACGAGAUUGAAGGUGAGGUGAAUGAGACUAAAGGUGAUAUGAACGAGCAUGUGGCUAAGGUGAAUGAGCUUGAGGCUAAGAGGAAUAAGCUUGAGCCUGAGGGGAAUGAGGCUGAGGUGAAUGACCUUCAGGCUGAGGGGAAUGUGGUUGGGGUGAAUAAGCUUAACGACAUUAUAAGAGACAUGGUUGAAUAUGGGUAUCCACGACCUGAAACUUAG